CCCCUCCUCUCUAUCUGGCCCCUACUCCCCCCCCCUGCUGAUCACAGCGCAUCGCAUCUCUCUCUUGCUCCGCUCGCAGAACCCCGCCUCCGGCGCGGCUCCGGCGCCGCAUCCAUCUCCAGGAGCAGUCAGUCCCUUCCCCGCGCGGGGCGGUGGAGACGGCUUGGUUAUUUCUCAGACGUAAUUUGGUGAUGCUGGGGCUCGUUUAGUCAUCUUAGUUUGAAGAUACCAGCUAUGGGUCAUCUGAAUUAUAGAGUCUCUCUCCCUCUACUGCUCUGUCUACAAAUUUUGCUGCCACUACAUCCUUUUGCUACGGCAGAUAUAGCCUCUGAGAAGCAAGCACUCCUUGCUUUUGCCUCUGCAGUCUACCGUGGCAACAAGCUCAAUUGGAGUCCAAGUAUACCACUGUGCUCAUGGCAUGGUGUUACAUGCUCACCAGAUCGAUCACGUAUAUGGGCCCUUAGGGUACCAGGGGCUGGUUUGAUUGGUACAAUUCCAGCUAAUACUCUUGGCAGGCUUGUGUCCCUCCAAGUUUUAAGCCUGAGGUCUAAUCGUCUGAGUGGAAGUCUUCCAUCGGAUGUUGCCUCACUUCCUUCUUUACAAGCCAUAUUUCUUCAGCACAACGAACUGUCGGGAGACUUGCCUUCAUUUUUCUCUCCAAGCCUCAACACCCUCGAUCUCUCUUACAACUCCUUUACAGGACAAAUCCCAUUAGGUUUGCAGAAUCUUACCCAAUUAUCUGCCCUGAAUUUAGCAGGAAAUUCCUUGUCUGGGCCAAUCCCUGACCUCAAACUUCCAAGCCUAAGACAGCUAAAUCUGAGCAGCAAUGAACUAAAUGGUUCGAUCCCUCCCUUUCUCCAAAUAUUCUCAAAUAGCUCCUUCUUAGACAACCCUGGAUUGUGUGGGCCGCCUCUAGCUGUAUGCUCCUUUCUAUCUUCACCUACACCAUCACAAGUGCCUUUACUUCCAUCAUCGCCACAUCAUGAGAAGAAGACAUGCAAUGGCAUGAUAAUUGCGGCUGUUGUUGGGGGCUUUGUCAUAUUUCUGCUAGCUGCUGUGAUGUUCACUAUGUGCUUUUCAAAGAGAAAGGACGAGAAAGAUGAGGUGGCUUACAACGCCAAGGUGACUGAUGGUGCAAGGAUUGAGAAGCGCAAAGAGGAUGUUAGCAGUGGUGUCCAAAUGGCUCAUAAGAACAAGCUGGUAUUCUUGGAUGGAUGCAGUUACAACUUUGACUUGGAGGAUUUACUGAGGGCUUCUGCUGAGGUUCUUGGCAAAGGGAGUUAUGGAACUGCCUACAAGGCUAUACUUGAGGAUGGCACUAUUGUGGUAGUCAAGAGGCUAAAGGAUGUUGUGGCAGGGAAGAAAGAAUUUGAGCAGCAGAUGGAGCUCAUAGGGAGGGUAGGCAAACAUGCAAACAUGGCACCUAUUCGUGCUUACUACUACUCAAAGGAUGAGAAGCUUGUUGUUUAUGAGUAUCUUCCUGCUGGCAGCUUCUCAGCUAUGUUGCAUGGUAUUAAAGGCAUUUGUGAGAAGAUCCCAUUAGACUGGAAUACCAGGAUGAAGAUUAUACUUGGAACUGCAUGUGGAAUUGAGCACAUCCAUUCAGAAGGUGGCUCCAAGUUCGCCCAUGGCAAUAUCAAGUCAACCAAUGUCCUGCUCGAUCAAGACCACAACCCAUAUGUCUCAGACUAUGGUCUGAGUGCUUUGAUGAGCCUUCCAAUCAACACCUCCCGGGUUGUCGCCGGUUACCGAGCUCCGGAGACCUUUGAAUCCAGGAAAUUCACACACAAGUCUGACGUGUACAGCUUUGGCGUCCUUCUCAUGGAGAUGCUGACUGGAAAAGCCCCCCUCCAGUCACAGGGGCAGGAUGAUGUCGUUGAUCUACCAAGAUGGGUGCAUUCCGUGGUCCGUGAGGAGUGGACCGCCGAAGUGUUUGAUGUCCAGCUGAUGAAAUAUCCUAACAUAGAGGAUGAGCUGGUCCAGAUGCUCCAUAUUGCCAUGGCGUGCACGUCGUGGUCGCCAGACCGACGCCCAACAAUGGCGGAUGUGGUCCGGAUGAUGGAGGAGCUAGGGCAGUCUGCUUCCCAGAGCCGCACUCCCUCCAAUGGCAAUCCCAGGGAGUCCAAUCCUCCAUCGGUGUGAGUCUAUAAUUUCUGUGAUUUUGAUCCGGAAUUGGUGAAUCCAUGACAUCGAUGAUAUCCUCUAUUGCCUUUAUGUGGUCCUGAAGCUUACACUGUUACACAUAGGAACCACAUAUGCUGUAUGAUACGGCAUUGUAUCCAGCUGUAAUGUUAUUCCCUGUUCAUGUUAAAGUUGUUAACUGGGAGAUGUUAACAUUUCUUCCUACUCGGAUGCCUAAUGUCUGGUAACAGUCUCAUUAUACUAUGGUGUUCGUUGACACGAAA